CUUCAUUAAAAUUUUACUAUCCAUCUUAACAAUAAGAUUCCUUGAGCUAUUACAUGGGAUCUCUAUAUAAAAACUUAAAAUUUUAGCUUCAUAAUAAUAAAAAUGGAUUUGAACAGUUUUUCUAGAAAUGCAGAUUUGUUUUGUGGAUCGUCCUGGAGCUACUCUGGCAUCAUCCAGAAGCUUAGUGCUAUGUACUGAGCAUGCCAACCACAGGAGGGGACAUUAGUCUAUCAUGAUUACUGUGACUGCUCUUCUCAGAAGCCGCCUGCGAUGUCUGUUGCUCAAUUUAGCAUUGAUGAAUCUCGACAAACAGCCUCUGAUAUGAAAAUUUUUCAUCAAAAAUCUGAGCAAAUUCCUAAUGCUAAUGUAUCUAAGCAUAAACUUAAACAAGAUAAACAGUCUUCUAAAAUUGUUGGUAAAAGAAGCAGAAAGACUACAGAAAUUGAUAUACAACAAAGCCUCCUUAACCUGAGAAAUCAGAUUCUCAAUCGAAGAGUGACUGGGUUUAACCGUUCCCAAAAGAGGGCAAGAUCAGACAAUUCAAAAUCUCUCAGAAGAAGAUCUCAUUACAUUGGAGUUUCCAGAAACAACGAUAACUGGCAAGCUCUCAUCAAUGUUGACCAAGUCAAGAGCUAUAUUGGCACAUUCACAGACGAGCUCGAAGCUGCCAAAGCAUAUGACUUGUACUCAGUUGCAAUAAGAGGCCAAGAAGCCGCUCUAAACUUCGACUACAGCGCUGAAGAGAUGCUGGAAAUAAUUGAAGAUUACCUUAAAACAAGGAAGUAAAGUAAAUUAUUAACUUU